AUGCGCCUGUUGAAAUUGGGCAGCCAUGGUGAUCUGAGCCUGACCAAAAACUUGAUUGAAGAUGUUCCAAGCUAUGCGGUACUUUCACAUACUUGGGGAACAGAUGAUGACGAGGUGACUUUCGACGAUAUCAAAAAUGGAUCUGGCACGAGCAAGGUUGGUGGUUAUGCAAAGAUUCGGUUCUGUGGGGAACAAGCUCGGAGAGACGGUCUACAAUAUUUCUGGGUAGACACAUGCUGCAUUGAUAAAGAAAACCACGCCGAGCUUGCGCAAGCUAUCGCCUCGAUGUUUCGCUGGUAUCAGAAUGCAGCAAGGUGCUACGUGUACCUAACAGACGUUUCAGCUCGCAAAUGCCACAACAGCCAGGCUGAGCGACCGUGGGAAUCCGCCUUUGGGAAAAGCAGAUGGUUCACACGAGGCUGGACGCUUCAGGAACUCCUUGCCCCAAAAUCAGUCGAGUUCUACUCGCAUGAAGGAGAGCGUCUGGGUGAUAGGAAUACCCUUGAGCAGGAGAUCCACGAAACCACCGAAAUUCCACUCACGGCUCUGCGCGGCACCCCUCUAUCUCAUUUUAGCGUUGAUGAGCGGCUGCGAUGGGCAGCGAAACGUCACACCAAAUUGAAAGAGGAUAAAGCCUACUGUCUAUUAGGUAUUUUUAACGUCUUUUUGCCCCUUAUAUAUGGUGAAGAAGACAACGCGUUCAUUCGGCUUAGGGAGGAGAUCGACAAACGGUUGAGGAGUAAGCUUGACUUGGACAAGUUGCCACAUGCUAAAGGAGCCAUGUUCAAUGCCUAUGGCGGAGACCACCGAACCUGUCAUCCUGCUACUCGAGUCGACCUGUUAUGUCAAAUUCAAAAUUGGGCCCAACAACCCCGGAGCAAGACCAUCUUCUGGCUCAACGGAAUGGCCGGUACGGGCAAGUCGACCAUCUCUUGGACCUUCGCUGAGUGGCUGACCAAUCAAGGUCAUUUCGGAUUGGUUAACCUCGGAGGCAGCUUUUUCUUCAAAAGAGGUGACGGCGAUCGAGGUUCGGCUUCACGAUUCUUUUCCACCAUCACACGCCAACUCGUGUUGAAAAUACAGGGCAUGGAUACUCUGAUCGCGAACGUGAUCACUUCCGACCCGCUCGUUUUUGAUAAGGCGCUAGGAGAACAAUUCGACAAGUUGAUUUAUCAGCCAUUAUGCAAUGUCUCUCCUGGCGGUUGUCCGAUCUUAGUCUUGGUGGUUGAUGCUUUGGACGAAUGUGAGAAAGAAGGAGACAUCAAAAUAAUUCUCGACUUAUGCUCGCGACUAUCCCAGAUAUCGACCAUUCGCCUCAAACUCUUUCUGACAAGUCGUCCAGAUUUGCCCGUUCGGCUGGGGUUCAAGUCCAUGUCUGUGGAGACUUACCAGGACCUAAUACUCCAAGAUGCGGUUCCCCGAACGACAAUUCGACAUGACAUCUCUGUUUUCCUCAAAGACGCAUUCUCAGAGAUCCGGGCGAAUUAUAAUGCCGAUCCGCCCUUGGGAGGGCCACUGGGUCAUGGCUGGCCAGGCGAGAACGUUCUUGAAGGACUUGUCGACAUGGCUGUUCCAUUAUUUAUCGUUGCCGCCACGGUGUGCCGUUUUGUCGGUGACCCUAAUUGGGACCCGCAAGAGCAGCUUCAGACGAUCUUGAAAUUGCGAGCGACGGGCCAUCUAGAGCAGAUGGAACAGACAUACCUACCCGUGCUAACACAACUGUCAGCCACCUUAAGUAACUCACGUGACAAGGAGAAGCUAUUCCAAGAGUUCCGAACAAUUGUUGGAUCCCUUGUAACCCUCGCCGAGCCGCUUUCUGCGACGUCACUCGCAGCGCUUCUAUCUAUGCCAUCAGCUAAUAUUGCACGCCGCCUCCGUCCGCUACAUUCUGUUCUGCAGGUUCCUGCCGACGCUGAGAUUCCCAUUCGAACUCUUCAUUUAUCCUUUCGCGAGUUCCUCCUAAGUGACAAACUUCAGCAUGAACCAUUUGGAGUGGACGGACCCGCCACACAUCGAAUGCUAUUGACCAGAUGUUUGCAGUUGUUAUCGGGGUCUAAUGGUCUGCACGAGAACUUAUGUGACCUCAGCUAUCCCGGCCAGCUACGAAGAGAGAUUGAUCCGUCUACGAUCGAGCAGCAUCUUCCACCUGUGGUUCAAUAUGCGUGCCGGUAUUGGGUUCACCAUGUACAGCAUGGCAUGGUUCAGAUUCAUAAUGAGGACGAAGUACACGUGUUUUUACAGAAACACUUUCUACACUGGCUUGAAGCUCUAAGUCUCAUGAACAGGAUCUCCGAAGUCAUUGGACAACUGGGCAUAUUACAAUCACUUAUGAGGAGGCAGGUCAAUGCAUCAAGUCGCAUUGCAGCCUUUCUUGAAGACGCGCAACGAGUUGUCCUUGCUAACCGAUAUAUCGCCGACCUUGCUCCGCUUCAGAUUUACUCAUCGGCGAUGAUUUUCGCACCACAGACCAGUAUUGUGAGGAAUAUUUGUAGUCAGACCCCAAUAUGGAUUCAGAGGUAUCCGAUAACUCCAGUAACAUGGAGUGCGGAGCUACAGAAGCUGGAGGGCCACAGUGAUUCGGUGAACGCGGUGACCUUCUCGCCCGACGACUCGCUGCUCGCCUCUGCAGCAGACGACGGGACCGUCAAGCUAUGGAACUCGAGCACGGGCCAAGAGGUGCAGACAUUGAAUGGACAUACCAAAUCUGUUACGGAGAUGGCAUUCUCGCCCGACGGCUCGCUGUUGGCCUCUACAUCAAGCGAUCAGACAGUUAGCCUGUGGAACUCAAGCACAGGUCAAGAGGUGCAGAUGUUGAGACACAGCGAGUGGAGGAACGUGGUGGCAUUCUCGCCUGACGGUUCACUACUGACCUCCGCAUUAUCCCAUGGGACCAUUAAGCUAUGGAACUUGAGCACGGGCCAAAUAGUGCAGACGCCAAAGAGACACAGUGAUAGAAUGAGGAAGAUAAUCUUCUCACCUAACGGAUCACUACUAGCUGCUGCAUUAUCUGCCCAGACCAUUAUGCUAUGGGACUCAAGCACAGGUCAAGAAGUGCUGAUGCUGAAUGGACUUACCACCGGUUCUGUGACGGCGAUGGCAUUCUCACCUGAUAGCUCGCUACUGGCCUGUGCAUCAUCUGAGGGGACCAUUAAGCUAUGGAACUUAAGCACAGGCCAAAUAGUGCAGACAUUAAGAAACGUGGGUUGGGUGAUCGCGAUAACAUUAUCAUCUAACGGCUCACUGCUGGCCUCUGCACAUCAAGAUACCACUAUUGAGUUAUGGAACUUAAGUACAGGCCGAAAGAUGCAGAUAUUGGAGGGCCAUACUAAGAGGGUGAACGCGUUAACAUUCUCGCACAAUGGCUCACUACUCGCAUCUGGAUCAACUGAUCAAACAGUUAGACUGUGGAACUUAACGAAAGGUCAAGAAGUGCCGAAACUGCAGGAACAUCGUGAUCCUGUGCAGACAGUAGCUUUUUCGCACGACGGCUCAUUGCUGGCCUCUAUCUCUAAUAAUGAAUCUAUCAUCAGGCUGUGGAGUCCGAACACAGGUCAAGAAGUGCAGAGGCUACAGGGACACACUGGGUUACUGCACUCGGUAGCCUUCUCACACGAUGACUUACUGCUCGCGUCUACAUCAAGUGAUGGCACAGUCCGGCUGUGGAACCUGACUACUGGUCAAGAAGUGCAGAAGCUGGAGGGACACACUUUUUGUGAUACACGCGCGGUAGCCUUCUCCCUGAACGACUCACUACUCGCGUCUGUAUUAGGCGACAGAACAGUCAGGCUAUGGACCCCGACGACGGGGCAAGAAAUACAGAAGCUGAAGGGAAACCCUAUUUCGAGACGUGCACGGGUGUAUGAGUUCAUCGGACACGAUAAUUUUGACACUGUGGUGGCUUUCUCUCAUAACGGCUCGCUGCUCGCUUCCGUAUUCGGCGAUUCCAGAGUCUGGCUGUGGGACCUAAAGAAGGGUCUAGAAGCGUACAAGCUCAACAAGCACACUGGUUUCGUGAAGGCGGUGGCGUUCUCACACGACGACUCGCUACUCGCUUCGGCAUCAGGCGAUCGGACAGUCAAGCUGUGGAACCUCAGGACGGGUCAAGUGGUGCAGACACUGGAGGGACAUACUGGUUCGGUGAAGGCGGUGGCCUUCUCACACGACGGCUCGUUCCUUGCUUCCGCAUCAGAUGAUCAGACAGCCAGGCUUUGGAACCUGAGCACGGGUCGAGAGGUACAAAAAUUCGAGAACGUGCCAGCAAUCGAGACCCUUCGUUUCACAAUCGACGACAAGACGUUACUUACUAAUCGAGGAGCUAUAUCUAUUGAUGGCGAAUCUAUAACUCACGGAUCUUCCACCGCCAGUAUGGUAAAAAAUGAUUGGGUUCAGCGAGGUCAUCAGAAUCUUCUCUGGCUUCCACAGGAGUAUCGCAGUAAUUGUUCUGCAUUUUACGACAAUACAUUCGCGAUUGGUCUCCACUCCGGCCAAGUCAUUUUUCUCCAUCUUGAUCAGACUUAG